AUGGCUGAAGAAAAAUACAAGAUCGAGAAGUUCAAUGGUACAAACUAUGGUUUCUGGAAGAUGCAGAUGGAGGAUAUUUUGUAUCAGAAGGAUCUAUAUCAUCCGAUCAGUGGCACAAAACCAGAAAGCAUAAAGCAAGCAGAUUGGGAUAUUUUGGAUCGCAAAGCUUUGGGGACUGUGCGAUUGAGCCUCGCGCCGUCGGUUGCGUCGAAUAUUGCCAAAGAAAAGACUUGUUUUCUGUUCUUGGUUUGUUCUUCGAUUGUGUGCGUUUGUUUGUGGGCUUGGACGUUCGAAUCCCCAACACAAAAUCCCAUAAUAUGCGACUUUAGACUUGCUGUCCAAGUAGGGUUUCCACUUCUGCAGGGAACUCCGGAGUAUGCAGAUACAGCAUUCGUUGGAGAGCCAGCAACGACUCUGUCCGACAUAUACAGCUUCGGUGUCCUUAUAAUGAUAUGUAUAGCUGAAAAGGAGGCAUCUAGAGGAAAGAAACAUAUGAUGAACAUGUUUGCGGGCCAACACAUUAAGUAUGCCUAUGACUAUGCCUCCACAGACAAAUCAAAACUCAAAGAUUUGAUAGAUAAAAGGUUAUCAAAGACUGGGUUGCAAAAAUCACAAGAAGAUAUAGUCAAGUUAGCACGCAACUGUACUUCAACCUUCCCAAGAAAUCGCCCAACCAUGAAAGCCAAGAUAAAGGGCCUCUUCAAGUAG